AUGGCUGCUCUCAACUUUCAAACUGAUGGCCUUCCAAUGCAGAUCAACAAAUCUCUCUUUGAAGCAACUGGCAACUGUGGAUACAUCCUGAGACCUCGGAUAUUUUGGGAUCCCACUCAUCCCACGUACGGUAGGAUCAAUCCUCUGUCCCGGAGCAAUCCGUUAAAAAUCUGGGACUCCAACAGCAUCACAUCAACCAGGGUGCUCACUAUAAGGAUAAUAUCUGGGCAGCACGUGUGUUUGAACUCGAACCAGACGAGUUCUCAGGUGGAAGUCGUUCUAAUGGGAUGCCCUGCUGACUGCUCCAAGAUGAAGACCAAGGUUGUUAAUAAGAACUCCUUCAACCCCAUCUGGGAUCAAGAAUUCGUUUUCCAGAUCACCUUCCCAGACAUGGCCUUCUUGAGAUUUGUAGUCGUUGAUGUUUCUAAUGAUCAGAAAGUUGCACACGCCAUCAUCUACUUGCCAAACAUGAAACUCGGUUCGGUAUUCUGUUGCUACAGAAACGUCCAACUCCACUCCCUUAUCCCAUCCCAAACCCCGCACGGAAUAUCAUCUCUAUUCAUUCACACUAAACUGGAUAGGAUCAUAAAAAAUGUCGGCAUCUUCACGAAGAAUCCUCUAAAAAGGACAGAUGUUCUCGAGAAAAAGGUUGAUGUGAAUGCUAAUCCGAAUGGGAAGCAUGUGAUGUCAUCCCUGCCUAGUUCGCCGUCCGAGAAAUUUGCCAAAAGUCAGUUUCAUUUCAUCCAGCCGAUGGAUGCGUCUACUCCUAUUAUUAACUACAACGACAACAUCAACAACAACAACAGCUGCAGCAACAACAACAACAACAUUAACAAAAGCAAAAAUAAUAACACUAAAGAUAUCAACAACGUUAAUGACAACAACAAUUACAGCAAAGUUUACAAAGACAAUACUUUCAACACACUAACAACUACUAACGACAACAACAACAACAAUAACAACAACACUAAUGAUAUUAUUAAUUAUAACACUAACAAUUUUGCAAUGAAUUUAAUAAAGGAUCAAAAUGAUAAUAAUAGCAUUAAUAAUUAUAGCAGCAGCAACUGUGGUUGCAUCAAAGAGAGUGUUGGCGCUGAUAUUGUUUAUCGCUCUGCCAAUCUAAACAGGAAGUUAAACAAGAAUAAACACAAUGCCGUCAUCUAUCCAGCCUUUGGUAGCAGCAGCAGUAUUGAUCUAGAUGACAUCAACAACCAAAACAACAUUAACAACAACAACAAUCACAACAACAACUACAACAACAACUACAACAACAACAACAUCAACAACAACAACAACAUCAACGAUCAUCACAGUAAUAAUUGUAACAACAAUGUCAUUGAAGCUACACAGAAUGGCAGUUAUCUCGAUGGUAAUGUUAUCAAUGGUGCAGUUAACAUAAGCAUGGGCGAUCAAAGCAACGACGCUAACAACGAUCUCAAUAACGAUGACGUCAAUAACCUAAUUGAUGACACUAGCAAUGAUGAUUUCAGUGACGUCACGCGGAACAAUCAGGGCGUCCGAGAUAGCGGUCGGACCGCAAAAUCGCGAAAGUCAACCCUUAAAAGGACGAAUGCGUUCACGAAGCGUCAGUCGUACGUGAACGGCGGCAGUCGCGUUUCCGGCCAGAGAAGCUCUGUUGACAGCUUCAGGAGGUUGUCGUCGUCGUCGUUACGUCAUUCGAAAUUUGAUGGUGACGAUGAUGAUGUUGAUGGCGUUGGUGUUGAUGCUAGUGAUGUUGAGAAAAAUAGAAAUGAAGAUGGUAAUGAUAAUAAUGAGGGUGAUGAUGCUGAUGAUGAUAAUGAUAGAGAUGAUGAUGAUGAUGAUGAUGGUAGGAAGAUAAUGAUGUACAACAAUGACAACGAUCAUGACAAUGUUAGCAACAACAUCAUCAUCAACAACGACGACGAUGAUGAUGAUGAUAAAAAUUUCGACAAUCCUCAUAGAAUUGUUGGCAGAAGAAAACCAGAUGGCAAUCAAGAUAAUAAAAAGACUAAUGAUAACGUAGGUAAUGACGUAACUGAUGACAUGACCGAUGACUUAGUAACUCCGACAGAAAGUUCAUUGAACCCGAUGACGUCACGCUUGAACGAGUUCAGCCUAAACAAAACUGAAGUAUUCGGUUUAAUAUCUGGCGACGAAGAAUCAAAGGUAAAAGAUAUCUAUCGCGAUUGUUGUCACGGUGAUGAAAACGAGAGUGAGGAUGAUAAGUGUGUCAUCAUAAACGAUGUAAGCAGUGGGAAUGACGCUGGAAUCUUCAACAAUCAUAGCGGUAUUGAUGGCACUGAGGGAUGUUUAAACAACAAUAAUGAUGACAAUAAUGAUGACAUCAACGUAGAGAAUUUUGUUGAUGUAACUGAAUUAGAAAAUAAAAACAUCAACAAUACACAUAACGUCAACAGCAACAACAACAACAUGUACAACAACAACAACAACAACAUGAACAACAAAAACAACAACAUCAUCAACAACAACAACAACAACAACGUAAACAAUGACAUCAGCCACAACGGCAACAUCGACAACAUUAGAAAAAGUUAUGGAAGGAGUAUCAGCCAUAUUAUUUUUGGCAGCAACUACAACGACAACAAAUCAUACAACAUCAGCAACAACAUGUACAACAGUAGCAGCUUCUUUCAUAACAGAAAUAGCAGCGCAAGCAACAACAGCGCCGCAUCCUUAUCAACAGGAUCGUCAUCGUCAGAUUUCUUCCCUUCUUACAUCACCCACAACGGCUACAGAAGAAGACGCGCCAGCAGCUUCUCCAGUUACGACUCCUACAGCAGUUGGUGGUCAGCUAACUCCACCACGAGCAGCUUCUCGAGCAGCAGAGAGGGCAGUUUGCAGAGUGGUCAUCUGAAUGGAGAACCAUUCUUCAGUUUGAACAAGACCAACAACAGCCCUGUAAGUGCAGAUUGCAUGAACGUCAACGUGGAAAACCAAUUUGGAAGCAGUAAGACGAUUGACAAUGGUGACUAUUUCAAAACUGGUGGAGAUAAAAUUCUUUCUUCUGAUUUGAAUCCUUGUCUGAGUAGUGCCUUGUAUAAUAGAAGAUUGAGUUUGCAGCAACAGCAACUACAGCAGCUACGGCAACAAAAUCAGCAGCUGCAGCACCAGCAACUCAAAAUGUACCUGAGUUAUUUUGCACUGAGAGAUAGGAAGAGAUCGGAUGCAAGAAAAUCGAAGAAAUGUUUCUCUAUGGGCAUGUUCUCAACAUCAUUGCAGACGCCACUCUCUGAAGAAGAGGAUGUUGAUGGCUGCCGUGCUGAUCAACAACAACAACAACAACAACAACAACAUGAAAGUUUGUUGCCGCAACAAAAACAGCAACAGCAACAACAUGAAAGUUUGUUGCCGCAACAACAUCAGGAUGAUUCACAACGUUCAACUAAUUUGUCCGACACUUGUGAAAACCUCAAUUACCUUAGCAGCAGCAGCAUCACUGACCGCAACAAACAAAACAACGAUACCGGAAAUGACGCAAUCGAAAACUCUAAAUACGACCAAGAUCUGGGUAAUUUUUCUCAGUACAUUAUCCCACCACCGCCCAUGUUUAGCGAAUGCUUAUCUUUAAAUGAUAAUGAUUUAUAUUCCAUGUUUCCGUGCCGUCAACCUGAUCCAACUAUCCGGGAUGAUGGUGUCAUCUAUGGGGAUGACGUAACAGAUGACGUCAUAAAUGAUGAUGACGUAGCUGAUGUCGUCGUGAAGGAUGCUGAUGAGGAUAAUAUUGCAUGUUCUGGCAAUGAUAAUGAUAUUUCGGCAGGCCAACUUACUACUAAUAAUAAUAAUAAUAAUGAUGAUGAUAAAAAUAUUGAUAAUGAUGAUGAUAAUAAUGAUGAUGAUGGUGAUAAGUGGACAAAAGAUAAUAGCAAUAAUGACGAUGAUAAUUGUGGUCUUAAGUAUUACAAUGGUAAUAAUGAUGAUAACAAUAAUAGGAUUGAUGAUAAUGACGACGGUAAUGAUGAUGAUGAUGGUUGUGUGAAGGUCAAGGCGGCUGAUGGUGAUGACCUAGACGACGAUGGUGAUGACGAUGACGAUGAUAAGAAUGUAGAUGCCGAUGGAUGCGGUGGAAGUUCGGUAGAAUUGUUACAUUAUAGAAAAUUUAUUGGUGAUAUUAAUGUUAAUGAUAACAAUGAUGAUUGUAAUGUUUACAAAAAUAAUAUAAACGCAAAUGAAAACAUUAAUAAACGUCAACUUACGUCAUCGUCACCACCAUCAUCAUCAUUAUUACCGCCAUCUUCCAAAACUAUUAUGACGUCAUCGAUGAAAAUAAAAUCAACAACACCAAAGUCUUUGUUAGCUGCGAAAGUUUCACUACCUAUCAAGAUAUCACUGAAACCUGUAUCUUCAUCAUCGUCCUCUUCAACAACUUUAUCAGCGUCAUCGUCGUCAAAAUCCUUUAAAACCUCAUUAGAAACAACAACUAUGCCAACAACAUCAACAACACCAUUGAUGACUUCAACAAAGCCAUUGAUAACAUCAACAACAUCAUUGAUGACGUCAACAAGACCAUUGAAAUACUCAUCAACCAUGCCAACAACAACUACAACAAAAACAUUAAAUAACCCGACUAGGACCCCAUUAAAAUCAACAAAAUCAACAUUGACUAGGGUCACAAAAACGCCGUUGAAAUCAGCAGUAACGACAACAUCAGCAACAUCAAUAACAUUUACAAGAACGCGGUUGAAAUCAACGACAUCUUCGCCGAUGACACUAAAAAUAACUACAACAACAAAAUCAAAAACACUAACAGCAUCAACUGGAAUGUCAUUAACAAAUUCAACAACAUCGACCACACCAACAACAACAACAACCUCUGCCAUCAAAAUGCCAGGCAAAUUCAUUUUUAGAUCCAAGGGUCCCAAUAAAACGAUCGACAUCAUCAACCGAAACAGUGGCAGCAACAGCAGCGGCCACAGCAACGUCAAUAACAACAGCGUCUAA